UCUUUUGAAACCAGGUUAAUGUUAAAGGACUGUUUGUAACGUGAAUCGUUGGUAUCAGAUGUCACCAUGGUUACCAAGAAAUGGGCCAAGAUCCUGUACAGGGAGCAGGGAGUCCCAGACAACUAUGUAGAUGACUCGUUCUUAGACGAACUGAAGAAGAAUUUGCACACAAGGACUUAUGAGUAUUGGAAUGUUGUGUAUGAAACCGGAGUGGUUACACAGCAGCUGAGCAGUGUGUGCAUGUUUGUAGUGGCGUACAUCUUUAUGUUCACUGGCCGACUGUCUCCUUCAUCCUUGCUAUGCGUCAGCGGGUGGCUGACCCUGUGUGGAUAUCCUGUGUUUCGAUGGCUGGAGAGGUCAGACGACAAGGUCAAAGUUCAAAGGUCUGCUCUGGAUGACCUGCGCUCAAGCUGUAUCUUCCUCACAUUCUCAUUUGGGAUGUCACCGAUACUGAAGACCCUGACAGAUUCUAUCAGUACAGAUACUAUCUAUGCAAUGACAGUAUUUAUGUUACUGGGUAACCUGAUCUUCUAUGACUAUGGUACUACUAAAGUUGUUGCAUCUCAGCAUCUCUCCCUGAACGCAUCAAUAUUUGCCUCGGUGUGCCUUGCAUCAAGACUACCCACGACACUCCAUGCCUUUGCUACAGUCAUUCUUGCCAUGCAACUCUUUGCCCUGUGGCCCACACUCAGGAAGAGAUUAAAGAAAGAGGUUCCAUGGACCCACUCCAUUAUGACAUGGGUCAGUGCUGGUGUUGCUUUCAUCGCUCUGUACUCUGUGACAGUUGUUCCUGCCAUUGCGUUUGGAUUAGCUCACCUCUUUAUAACCUACAUCUGCCCUCUAUGGCUCAUAAGAUUACAACCAUACAAGAAUAAUAUCCAUGGGCCUUGGGAUGAAGCUAUUAUACAACACUAGCAGCACAUCCGCUGAAUUCACCUAUAAAAGUCUUUCACAACUAUGGAUGGCUUUCUAAACAUGCAAAUGCUAUAUCACAGGAAUUCAUCGCUAGCAGCACAGCCGAUGAAUUUAUCUAUCGAGUCUUUCACCACUAUGGAUGGCCCUUUGAGAAUAUGUGACUGCUUUACUUUUACCACAGAGAUACAACAAUAGCAGCACAUGAUGAGUGCAUACAUGUAUAUAUUUUGUUUUUUCUUGACACCAAUGGAAAACUUUCUAUACAUGCAUCUGAUAUAUGUGGAAAUCACAGCAUCUCUUCAUAGAAGAAAACUAGAUGCCAUGUACAAAUAAGUUAUAUCUGCAAACAAUUGUGGGUUAAGAUACGUUAUAUAUGAAGCUUAGUAAUGAUCAAAGAAAAUUUGAGUAAGUAGUCUUAACCAUCCAGCUUCCAUGUAGCUUGCAUGUAACAAGCUGUAUUGUAUGUACUCAUGAGAGCUUUGCUUUUCACUGAAUUGGAUGCAUUCUGUAUCAGUACAUGUUUGGCUGGUCCACACAACUCAUUAUUGUAAUAUGAUGAGCGAUUCAUAAUUCAGUUUUCAGAACUACCUUUAAUAGUUUCAUUGAUAUGCAAUAUACAAUAUGCAAUUACUAUAACUUUAGUAGCCAGGGCAUUUGCCAUGAAUAAGUGUCUUUCUUUGCCUUUAAGGAGCAGUGUUAUUUCAACUUUUCACAUUCUGGAUGAGGCUGAACCUGUAAUUUCCCUCAAAUUAUGAAGGUGGAAUGGAGAAUGAUAAGAACUCCAUUCUAGUCCUGUUAGAAUGGAUUUGCUAAAUUAAAUCCCAUUUGUUAUGAGAAAUAAUUAUGCCAUUGUUAAUAGUGCACAACUUUCUGAUCUGGAAACAAACAAAAGUUAAAAAAUGUGUGUUAUUUGAGCUUUCUGAUAUGUCCUUCAUGGAGAACAUUUUUUCAUCAAAAUGGCACAGUACUUUUUCGUGAACAGAGGACCCCAUUUUAAGGUUUUAAUCACGUACUUGAAGAUUUAUUUGUACAAGUUGAACUAUAGUCCCCCAAAGCAGUUAAUUUAUAGGAGGCAUGUAUUUUGAAACUGGGCUGGUUCCAGUAACCUCCUUUAAAAUUGUCAUUAUAUGUUAUUAUUAUUUUGUAUAGAUUUUGUUGAUGAAUUGGCAAAAUAAAUAGUGCAAGUGGAUUAUGGUAA